UCCUCGAGGUCACGUGCCGGAAGCGGCGGGGCCGCCUAAGAUGGCGGCGGCGUGAGUUGCAUGUUGUGGGGCCGCCGGGGGGAAGCCGCGCCAUGGCGGUGACCGUGACCCUCAAAACGCUGCAGCAGCAAACGUUUAAGAUCCGGAUGGAGCCGCACGAGACGGUGCGGGCGCUGAAGGAGAAGAUCGAGGCGGAGAAGGGCAGCGAUGCCUUCCCCGUGGCUGGGCAGAAGCUCAUUUACGCUGGCAAGAUCCUGAGCGACGACGUCCCCAUCCGCGAGUAUCGCAUCGACGAGAAGAACUUUGUCGUUGUCAUGGUGACCAAAGCCAAAUCGGCGCUUGGCACCGCGGCGCCUGAAACGGGCACAGCCGCAGCCUCGGAGUCUCCUGCGGCACCGGGGCCCCCCCCGGCCGCUGAUGCCGUCCCCCCCCCGCCACCGGCUGCCCCCAGCGAGGAGACCCCAGCCCAGGACCCCCCUGCGCUCGCCCCCUCGGAGCCCGCAGCGGGCUCUGUGCCCCCCCCGGGCAGCGCGGGGCGCUCGGCUGAUGCCGCCUCCACCCUCGUGACGGGCUCCGAGUACGAGACGAUGGUGGCGGAGAUCGUGUCGAUGGGAUACGAGCGGGAGCGCGUGGUGGCGGCGCUGCGGGCGAGCUACAACAACCCCCACCGCGCCGUGGAGUACCUGCUCACGGGCAUCCCCGGGAGCCCCGAACCUGAGCGCCCACCUGUGCAGGAGACCCCCCCGAGCCGCCCCCCCGAGCAGGCGCCGCAGGAAGGGGAGAACCCACUGGAGUUCCUGCGGGAACAGCCGCAGUUCCAGAACAUGCGGCAGGUGAUCCAGCAGAACCCUGCGCUGCUCCCAGCGCUGCUGCAACAGCUCGGCCAGGAGAACCCCCAACUGCUGCAGCAAAUCAGCCAACACCAGGAGCAGUUCAUCCAGAUGCUGAACGAGCCGCUGGGGGAGUUGGGCGACCUGGAGGGGGAGAUGGGCGCCAUCGGGGACGAAUCCCCUCAGAUGAAUUACAUCCAGGUGACGCCUCAGGAAAAAGAAGCCAUAGAAAGGCUGAAGGCGCUGGGCUUCCCCGAGAGCCUGGUGAUCCAGGCCUACUUCGCCUGCGAGAAGAACGAGAACCUGGCCGCCAACUUCCUGCUCAGCCAGAACUUCGACGACGACUGAGGCGCCGCUGCGCUGCGAGGAGGAGCCGCCGCCAUCGGAGCCCCCGCUCGGGACGCACCCCCUUUCCCCCCUCCCCCAAUCCUGAGCUUUGGGGGGGCAGUGGGGGGGGGCA